AUGUUCGGUCGCGAAAAUGUCCCAUUUAUUUCUUUUGAACGAUUGAAACAUGCUCUAUUCUCGGAAUGUCGUAAGCAAUCAAACAUGGUGGUUUGUAAGCUCGAUAGAAGAUUGCCCAGUUCUUGCAGGAGCUUAUCUAGAAUAUUUUUCCAGGAACUCGAUAUUUUUGGUUGCCCAUUCUCGGCAUAUGUUGUAGUUAUUCACUUCCAUGUCAGGAAGGCACAUCUCCUGAAACAAAGUAUAGCAUUCUUUUUCUUUGCAUUCUCUCCUUUGAUCCAUCCUUGGCCCUCUGCGACUGCGAACAAAAGAGCCUUUCCCCUUCUUCAUUCUCUCUUCAUUUUGUUAGGGUUUCUAGGACUCCGUGAUGUACGCGAUCUCAGCUAUCAACGAGAGUGAGAAUUCCAAAAGCCGAUUGGAGCCUUUGGCCCCCACAAAAGAAGCGCAGGAGUCUCAUCUCACGAAGCUCUACCAAGAUGCUUUGUCAAGUCUGCAAAGCGGGGACCUGGCAAAUGCUCGGAGUCUCUUCCAGGCGAUCAUCCAAGAUCCUUUGUCCAUCAAGUCACAGCGAGGAAAAUCCGAUGCAAUGCUCCACUUGAGGUUCUUAACUUACAGAAACUUAGCCGAGACUUACGUGAAGCAAGGGCCAGAGUUUUCCGCUGAAGGUCUUCACUAUUACUUGCAAGCUGUGGCGAUCGACGAUAAGGAUGUCGUCCUUUGGAAUCGUCUGGGAACACUCGCCUGCUCGCUUGGAAAGCUCAAUAUCGCACGCAAAGCGUUUGAGCAGGGUCUUCAUUGCAGUCCACGACACUGGAGUUGCAUGGAGAAACUUGUCGAAGUUUUGAUCGCCAUUGGAGACGAGACAGGCUGCAUCUCAGUCGUGAAACGUCUGCUUAAGUUCCAUCCUUCGCACCCUCGCGCGCUUCAUAUCAAGAGCGUUAUUGAAGGCAAGCACCAUGGCACUGGCAUUGCGGGGAUGGACGGUUUGGAACCGACGCAUACCAACCUUUCGUUUCAACGGAAGAGGAAGCUCGACGUUGUCCCGGACACAUCCAAGAGGAAAAAAAGGAAGCAGUACUCGGUCCAGUUAACGCUACAGGAGCCGUCUUGGCUUCUCCUUGUCAAGGCUACUCUGGAGUCACUGCAAAAUAGGCAGCAUGGGAAGGUUUUGAAGAGCGAAGAGCUCAAAGAGAAGAACGGCUGCUAUCUUGCCAAUUCUCGCGUUUUCUUCUCGGUGCAAGGUCCCGAUGGUGGUAGCAGCGGCCAGACUUCUGCCAAGCUGACAGAUGAUCUUCUUCUCAACAAUAGUGGCUGCGACACGGUCUCUCUUGCCGAGAAGAUAAGCCCGAGCAAGCUCUCAGAAGUCGAAGACAGCCAUGCACACGAACGUCGAAGCACUCGGCUACGGAGCCGGAUCAAAGGUGAGGAGGCGGUGGCCGAUUGUCCCAAGAGCUUGACACAACUUCUCGAGCCUUUCAUCAUCGACAGCUCGCGUUUAGAGGUCGAAGUCGAUCCUGAGGCUUCAGUUAUCACGCACUGCGAGCGAGUAGACGGCUCCUUGGCAUACGCGGCUUCUGCUUCGUCGUCUUCACCCGAGGGCUCGGCCUCUUGCGUCACUGUGGAAGCUAGAGAGGUGACGCAGUUCAUGCAAGACUAUGCGAACAACAGUGGACUAUAUCACGUUGGACACGCUAUUCUCGAGCGCGUUUCUAGCAGUGGUAUAGACUGGAAGGAGCAAAGCGAGCUUCUUCUCGAGCUGGAAAAGUAUACCAGGCACUGGGGGAACGGCAGGAGUUCUAGGUGCAAUCUCUUCCUGGCCGAGUUAUACUUGGAUGCUGCGUCUUCUUCUGCCGAGCCAGGCAAGCUCCUCGACCACUGCAACUACAACAUAUGCCGGGUUAUCGAGUGGUCGGCUCUGGAAGUUGAUUGGGACCAGGAAAAUAAUGCUCUACGAAGCAGCAGCAUCGAAAGGGAUGCCGGGUGGAUUUUCUGGGCUCGGUUUCAUUGGGUCUACGGGCGUUACUGCAUGCUCGCUGGUAAUCCAAAGAAAGGAUUCAGCGAGUUUCGAAAGUGCCUUUGCUUGCUCCAAGCACAACGCGAGCGCUACACGGCGAUAGUUUUGCCUCACUGCAAGAUGGACAAAAGGAUAUCGUUGGAAAUGGCCGAGCAGAAACUAUACGAGUUUGAAGUUGGAGAUUUGCUGAAAAACACGGUGGCCAAGCUGGACAAGGAAGAGAAGUAUUUGGAGCUCAUUAAGGUUCUUGAGCCGGCACUCUUCUCAGACAGAGCAUCCAAAACGUUCAGCGGCAAGUGCACCGAUGCUAUGCAAUCGCAGGAGUUCAAGGCGCUCGGCAUGCUUAUAUCUGCGUGUCAACGAGUGAAGCCCGCCAACUUUGUGAUCCAGCUGAAGUGCCACCUCAAAAGGCUGGAGAUCUUCUGUCACUGUGCUGGAGUUUUCGUCAAACCCGACGACGAUCUGUCGCUCUCGCCAGGGAGCGCUGCAAGCGGUGAGAUGGACGACGACAGGGCCAAGGAGCUUAGAACUUGGAGCAAGAAAAUCGCCGAGGAAGUCAGGCUGCUUUCACGGUGUGCCGCUGCUCUCAAGAAGGCGGACUCCUCUAGACAUGUCGACUUACCACUGGGACGUCUCCAGAAUGCUCUCCUGGCGGUUCUGAUCCAUUUUGGAUCGGGAUUCUCCUGCAGAAAGCACUCCAACUCGAGUCUCAGCGAGAACCUGGAGACGAGCUUCUUCGUGGACGCGGCCAUUGCAUUUUGCAGGGUUCAGCAGCUUCAUCCAGCAUUGCCCGUGGAGCAACAGGUGGGUCUUCUUGUAACAGUGCAUGACAUACUGGCUGAUCGGGGAGUUUGCGCGGCCGGAGCUUCGUGUGACGAAGGAGAAGGCUCGUUUCUAAAGAUGGCUAUCAAGCAUCUCUUGUCGCUGGAGGUGAUGCUGAAGCAGCGGGAUGCUGAGAGCGAGAACGCACGUACACAAGAAAGCACAGCGACGAGUGGCUCCGUGAGAAGGUCCGAGUCACUCACUGAUUUAUCCGAGAAGAAGAUUUGCGAGAGCGAGGACCUCGAAAGAAGGAAGGCUGGCGGCCUGGACAAGGCGCUGGAUCAGUGCUUCUUCUGCUUGUAUGGUCUCAACCUCAAGUCGGACCUCGAGUCAGGAGCUUCCAGCGAUCUGGCCUUCCACAAGACACCGAGUGGUGGCGACUUUCAGUCGAAAGAGCAAUGUGCCGCCGUGCUUCAGUAUGUUCUUCCCUACGCUAAAGCGUGCUCGAAAACCGGCCUGGGAAAGCUGCGAAAGGUUUUGCAAGCCGUUCGUAAGCAGUUUCCUCAGCCACCUUCAAACAUCCUGGUGGGAAAUGCCGUGGACGCCUUUAUGGACGACUUGUCUUUUGACGAGGACAAGUUCUCGGAGAUGGUGAUCAACAGAACCAACGUCGACGAGCUUGUCAGCUUUGCUUUUCCCAAGCAAGAGGAGAAUCCCGCUACUGCCGUGGUAAUCUAUUCCACUCCUACAGAGGAACCAAAGAGUGAAGAGGCUGAAGCAAACACCCAGUCUUACGUGGAGGUGUACCAGAAUCUCUAUUUCCUGCUAAGUCAGGUGGAGGAGACGUCGCCGACCGAUAGAUCGCCUGGUUUCGUGUUCACGAAGGAAGGGGAGGAGUUUUUUGAGCAUGUCUCGAGCCUCUUCAAAUACGAUCUUCUUUACAACAUGCUGCGGUUCGAGAGCUGGCACAAACUCGCAGGCAUUUACGACGAGGAAGUUGAUCUCCUGCUUAACGACGGUAGCAAGAAUGUAAAUGUUCUCGAGUGGCGAAAGAACGCGAGGCUAACGUCCAGAGUGGAAACUAGCCGGAGACGAAGUCGACGCUGCCUUUUGAUGAGUUUGGCACUAGCUCCUCAAGCAAAGCACGAGAUUCACGAGCUUCUGGCGUUGGUCUAUUACGAGACUCUUCAGAAUACAGUUCCUUCGUAUGAUCAACGCUCUCACGUUCAAAAGAAAGACGCUCUUUGGACUUCGAGGUGCCUAAAUGCGAUCAAGCACUGCGAGAUAGCAUAUUCACUGAGACCGGAUUGGACGCAUUUGCUUUAUCUUGGCAAGCUCUCUGAGAAACUCGAAAAGCCCAGCGAAGAAUCCUUUAGCUUGUACAAGAGGGCCAUUGAGCUGAAUCCUUCAGCUGUUGACUCUUUAUACCGUCUGCAUCGCUCACGGCUGAAGCUGCUUUGCAAAGGGCGUUAUCACGACAUGCAAAUCAUCGAGACUGUGGCCAAGUUUUGUUAUUCAAGUUCUACAGAAGAGCUCGUCAACAGUAAGCUCAAGCAACCAGACGAGCAAGUUGGCAACGAGGAAGCUUAUCAGAGUGACAUAGCGACGGCAUGGAGAGCUCUUUUCAAGGACUGUAUUUCCGCCAUGCAGGCGUGCACUGAUGGAGAAUUAAAGCACUUUCACAAGGCUCGUUUCUGCAUUGCCCAAGGACUCUACUGCCGAGCGGAAGAACAGGACUGGGAGAGAGCCAAGGAAGAGCUCGCCUUUUGUUUCCGAUCGAGUCGAUCGCUCUUCACGAUAAAUAUGUGGGAACUCGACGGCGUUAUCAAGAAGAACAAGCGCAAGGCAACCGGCCACACUUAUGCCAAGAAGACUUUGGAGCUCGGGCUCCCAGAAAGCUCCCGAAAGUUUAUCACAUGCGUUCGCAAGUACCUGUUACUCUACUUCGUUCUCUGCGAGAAGGCUGGAGAUUAUGUCACAUUGGAGCGUGCAUAUUCCACACUCCGCAUAGACAAGAGGUUCUCCAUUUGCCUCGAAGAUAUAGCAAGCGCAGCGCUUUCAUCCUACGUGCAUGCUUUGGGCGCAACCAUCACUCAGGCCGAAAGCUCUUCGUCUUCGUCCUUUAGUUCCUUGCAAGGCCUUCUCGAAAGAAUGUUUAAUCUCUUCAUGGAUCACGGGAUAUGGUGGGCGGAGACGUCCGAGUCAGAGGGACAAGAAGUGGCUGUCUACUGCUACAUCCAUCGCUACCUCCAUUACCUGGAGAACGACUGUCGCGUGGACGCACUGGAGCUCGUGAACGAGAGGAUACGGAAGCGUUUCAAGCAUCAAAAGCUAAGCAAUCCUCACUUCUCACAGAUUUGCCGGCACGCCACCGUCGCCUGGUGCCGGGCUCUCUGCUCGGCCCUCGCGUCCGUCACCCCGCUCGAGAGGUUGCCGGACCACACCCCGCAGCUCAUCGUCGACUUGCAAUACGACGUGCUCCUCUUCAGCCCCUACGACGCCGACACCACGAGCAAGAUCUCCCAAGUCUCUCCAUCUCCAGCAGCAGCCAGAGCGGAAGAAAGCGCUGCUCCUCCGGCCUCCGCAGCCUACAUCUCCCGCAUCAAAGCCGUGCCGAUCGUCCAAGUCUCUCCGGACAACGCCGAGAAAGCUCACAGCUACCUCCGUGCCACCUUCGUGUUCUACCGGGAAGUCACGUCGGGGCCAUUCCCGAGCGGUAUAAACCUCUUCAUGGCAUCACCCCUGGGAGCAGCGUCCACCGAGCCAGCGGCAGGCAUCCAAGCGAUCCCGGGGUUUGAUCCUCUCGACCUCAGCACUCCAAGGAAGCUGCUGCUAUGGGCUUUUGCGCUGGUUCACGGCCGAGCAGCGAGCAUAGCCGACGUUGUCAAGUACUGCGAGGAGCAAGCCAAGACGAGGCUCAAGAAAUGGCCUACUGCCGCGGCUACCGCGGCCUCUCACGUACCAUCGCCGGAAAAGCUGGCGUGCUCCAUAGCAAAGUGUGCCGAGCAGGCUGUCGAGAUGGAGCAAGAAACCAUGGUUUAAAGUGACUAUAGCUCAAGAUCACUCCUGGGAACAAUGGACUCAA